AUGGCUAGUCCUGCAAGAACAAUCGCGACUCCUCAUUGUGCAGCAUGCAAGUAUUUUAAGAAGAAAUGUUCUCCACAAUGCAUCUUUCAGCCAUAUUUUCCUAGCAAUCAGCCUAAAAAAUUUGAAGUCGUUCGUAAAGUUUUUAGUGCGAGCAGCGUAAGCAAAAUACUCAAGGAUGUUGCAGUUGAUGAAAGAGCAGAGGCUGCAAAUUCUCUGUAUUUUGAGGCUCUGUGCAGGCUUGAUGAUCAGGUUUAUGGAUGUACUGGGAUCAUAUCUCAACUACAAUGGCUAAUACAAUAUACAGAAGCUGAAUUCGCAACCAUUAAAGCUGAGACAGAGAUGAUCAAAGCUUUAGUUAUCUCAUCACAAACUCAUGAAGCUCUUCUGGGGCCGCAGUUUCAGCAAACUGAAACUUCAAACUAUACCGAGUCAUCAGUUGAGCAAAAUGAGUACAACCCAAGUGAUCAAGAUGAGACGGCACUGGGAUCUGAUUUUGGUAUCCAAUAA